AUGACCGAUAUAUCUAUCAAGAAUACAGCAACUGAAGGUAAUGGGCUCUCUGGUGUAAUUAUUUCUUCAAAUUCGGAAUAUACAUCUACUUCCAUACCCGGUGUUGCUUCGCAGCCAGUGGAGUGUCAAACUAUAAGCAAUGAGGAUGUUAUUGAUUUGGUCUCAUUGGAUGAUGAUGAUCUUGAACAGAUUGAUGAUUUUUAUAUACAAACACUAAAUUCUGCUGUAACACGAACAGUCGAGACAAAACAUUAUGCACAUACGAAUUCUGACGGUCAGCAACGCUUUUCUAACACAUCGUCUGUUUCGCAACCCGUUUUGCAUGAUGAAGAAUUGGAUAAUGAGGAGAACGAGGAUAGCGAGGAUGUAAUUGAAAUUAUAGACCUUGCUGUUGAUUCAGAGAGUACGAAGAGUGUGAAGAGUGUGGAUGAUCAGAGUAGCGAUGAAUCAGAGAAUAUUAAUAGCUACUGUUGUCCGAUCUGUUUAGAGAAGCCGAGGAGUCCGAUUAGCACAAUGUGUGGUCAUAUCUUUUGCGAGAUGUGCAUUCGGAGAUUGUUUUGGAAUGAUUAUCAUGCUUGGAAAUGUCCGGUGUGUCAGAGUCGUUUGCUGCCGCGAGAAAUUCAUAAAAUCUAUUUUUACUCUCAGAAGGUGGAAACGACAAAAAUGUCUAUCGAACCUUCCCCGGAAAUUAGAUACACAUCUCUUCGCGCAAACAAGUAUUUAAGCAAAAUCAAGAAAUGGGCGAUGAAGGUAAAAGAUGGAGCGAUUCAAGGAAUGAGAGCGGUAAGAAAUAUGUGA